CUGCACGAGACUGUAUGGGCUUUCUGCUUGAAAUCCGUUAAUGGGGUUUGUCUGUAAUACAUCAUUGCCCUAUUUCUUUCAUCCACAGAACAUGAGGAGCCGUUGUCGCCCAUCUUCUCCUUCAGCAAUUUGAAAUUCUAUAUUAUUAUGUUGGCACACGUUACUUCUUCAGUCAUCACUGUGUGUAUUUACAUGAUCUUUUAUUAAACCAAUAGAAACAUGGGGAACUCACUCGAAUUGAUGAAGCUGCCAAGAGUGUAUACAGUUGCAUUUUGGUUAUAUAAUAUUUUAGUAUUCCUUGUUCAGGCCUAAUAGAAAAAGUUCAGCACAUGGUGAGUCCCAUAACGUUGAAACAUCUUGUUGAUUCUCUAUGUAUGUGUGUCGUGUAUAUAUAAACACAUACGUGACUCUGCAUAUAAAUAUGAGUCACAUUCACCAACCAUCUCUUUAUCCAUAAGAAGAAAGAAAAAAAAAAGAUAUGGGAGUAGAAAGAGGAAGUGGUAAGGGGCUGAAGCAGAUGCUAAAGAGAUGUUCGAGUUUGGGAAAGAAGAGUAACGUCCACGUCAACUCUAACGGCGUCCCCAAAGGUCACUUCGUCGUUUACGUUGGUCUCUCUAGAUCCCGACACGUUAUUCCUAUCUCCUUCCUCACGCACCCCAUCUUUCAGAUGUUGCUGAGACAAUCUGAGGAAGAGUUUGGGUUCUACCAAGACAAUGGCCUAACCAUUCCUUGUGAUGAAGAUUUCUUUCUCUCUCUCAUCUCCUCCAUUAAUCCGCCUUGACAAGACACAUAUGAACGUGCAAUUCUAGCUCCUGCUUUGCGGAAAUAAACUCGUGUCUAUGUAACUACUGCUGUUUAUAUAUCCUCUUCCACGGUUCUCAUGUAGCAUGUCACUGGAGAGGAGUAGAAUCUACGUUACGUACCUACUUUUUUAACCUCGUUUUCUUUGAUAAGUUCUAAAAUCAAAUUAAAGCUAGGGUUUUUUUCGCUU